GUGCGAGGCAGCGGGGCUGAGCUAAGCCGAGCCCACGUGUGACGGCUCUCGCCGCUGCCCCGGCUCCGCCGCUCGCAGAGAGAUUCGGAGGAGCCCGGGCGGGGGGGAGGAGGAGGGGGAGGAGGGAGCGGAGAUCUCGGGGCUCGGAGCCGGCCGCCGCUCCGCUCCGAUCGCUGUGGGGCUCGGUUUUUUGGGGGUGGGGGGGCGGGGGGGCUCAGAUAUGGAGGCAAAUGGGAGCCAAGGCACCUCGGGCAGCGCCAACGACUCCCAGCACGACCCCGGUAAAAUGUUUAUCGGUGGACUGAGCUGGCAGACCUCACCAGAUAGCCUUAGAGACUAUUUUAGCAAAUUUGGAGAAAUUAGAGAAUGUAUGGUCAUGAGAGAUCCCACUACGAAACGCUCCAGAGGCUUCGGUUUCGUCACGUUCGCAGACCCAGCAAGUGUAGAUAAAGUAUUAGGUCAGCCCCACCAUGAGUUAGAUUCCAAGACGAUUGACCCCAAAGUUGCAUUUCCUCGUCGAGCGCAACCCAAGAUGGUCACAAGAACAAAGAAAAUAUUUGUAGGCGGGUUAUCUGCGAACACAGUAGUGGAAGAUGUAAAGCAAUAUUUCGAGCAGUUUGGCAAGGUGGAAGAUGCGAUGCUGAUGUUUGAUAAAACUACCAACAGGCACAGAGGGUUUGGCUUUGUCACUUUUGAGAAUGAAGAUGUUGUGGAGAAAGUCUGUGAGAUUCAUUUCCAUGAAAUCAAUAAUAAAAUGGUAGAAUGUAAGAAAGCUCAGCCGAAAGAAGUCAUGUUCCCACCUGGGACAAGAGGCCGGGCCCGGGGACUGCCUUACACCAUGGACGCAUUCAUGCUUGGCAUGGGGAUGCUGGGAUAUCCCAACUUCGUGGCAACCUAUGGCCGUGGCUACCCUGGAUUUGCUCCAAGCUAUGGCUAUCAGUUCCCAGGCUUCCCAGCAGCGGCUUAUGGACCAGUGGCAGCAGCGGCGGUGGCGGCAGCAAGAGGAUCAGUCCUGAAUAGCUACAGUGCUCAACCGAAUUUUGGCGCGCCCGCUUCCCCGGCAGGCUCCAACCCGGCGCGGCCCGGAGGCUUCCCGGGGGCCAACAGCCCAGGACCUGUCGCCGAUCUCUACGGCCCUGCCAGCCAGGACUCCGGAGUGGGGAAUUACAUAAGUGCGGCCAGCCCACAGCCGGGCUCGGGCUUCGGCCACGGCAUAGCUGGACCUUUGAUUGCAACGGCCUUUACAAAUGGAUACCAUUGAGCAGGUGCUUUCGUUGCCAUCUCACUCUGAGAGCAUACCUGGAUGUCCAGGCAAGACUGGGCGAAGUUUCUGAGUGGCCCUUUGUUUAGGUGAUGUCCUCAGACCUGGACCCCCACCAGCCUCACUCCCCAUCCCAACCAGAGAUGGCUCACUUCGGAUCGAGGGUUGACUACAUCUCAUCAUCUCACGAAUCUGCUGUAAUAUAAGACAACAGCUUUUAAAUGUGUAUAUAACCCAUGAUUUCGGUUUUGUUUUGUUUUGUUUUUCUUGAUGGUUUCCCUCUCCCUCCCUCUCUUCCCAUUGUCCUUUUAAAUCUCUUUGAAUCACAUUUGGUAGUGAUUUUGACUUAGUCCAGUAGUCACAUAGCUUUAAUAUCUAGUUCAAAGCUAACCAUAGUAUAAUUGUUAUAUUAAGGAGUUAUUUUUUCUUAAAAAUUUUUUUUUGCUUGUUUUGGUUCUGUUCUCACUUUUAAAGGAUGCUGAGAUGGUAAUAUUACUCUCCCUAUUUUGGUACCAAUUCUGAGACUGUAUGAAUUUUCAGGUGGAACUUUAGCACACACUGAAGCAAAGUUGUGAAGUGCAGGGCGGGAGGUGGGCAUGAGCUUUCUAUUUUGCGUUGUAGAGGAAGUGAGAUGUAGUAAGCUGAUUAACAGACUCUCUAGCAGUUCUUUUUGUGAUGUCUCUUUGUUAAUCUGAGUCUAUCUAUUUUCGGCAAUAAGGUAAGGACGACAGUGUUUUGAGUGUCCUCCUUUUCUAUAAGUGCUUUUUUUCUGUUGAAAGAGGUGAUAUUAUAAGGUUUUUUGAAAUUGUGAAUUCUAAAAAAGAAAUGUUGUAAAUACAAUUCCAUUAACUACAUAGAAACUAUUAAGAAAGAGAGAAUCAAAAAUAUUUUUGUGAGGGAGUCGGUCCCAGGCAGUUUGAUGCUCUGUGGAAGGAGGCAGGAAGGGAACGUUGGCCAAGUCAGUUACUGAGAUGAAGAUCGCCCAGCUGCCAGACCACCCCAGGACAAGUUAGAGCACUGUUUAGCUCCUUUGUCUGUGUGAUAGACCUAAGAAUUGUAUUAGUGUUGUACCAGCCUAUUAACCUCUUGUCUGUGCACAGCUUCAAAUGUUACCGUCUAGUUAGAUUUUUAUUUAAAAUAUGAAAAACUGCUUUUCCCAAGACGUUUUUUAAAAACAAAGCUACAAUUUUAAUAUUUAACAUAUUUAAAGUUUCAAAGCACACCUGUUUGGCUUGGGUAGGGGUGGGGUGGGGGGGACAUUCUUUUUCAGUCUUAAUUUUUAAAUAUUUGAUCAUUUUCUAUUGUCCAAUCAUUUCAGCAUCUCCAAAGGUCCCUAGGACACUUUGCCUCUCUUCUCCCCCUGCCCCCACCCUGCUCCCACAUCUGGGGGCCCAUGGGCCAGGAGUGGAUAAGCCUGCAUUAAUACAACCUUUCUCCAUUCACUUUCUAUUUACAAAUUAGGAAAGCAACCUUUUGGUUUAUAUAUAUUUUUUUUAAUACCUCAGUGCUGCAAGUAUCACCAGAGAGGCUAUGGAAGAAUUUUUUUUUAAUUUAUUGUAGAUGUAAACAGAAUUUUAAAAAUAAAAAGUAUAAACAUCACUGCACUGUGACUGGUGGGAAAAACUGACAGUUUCCUCUUUGCACAUGUUUAACAUUUGGCUGUUAUAAUAUAUGGUCCUCGGUUGGGGAAAGAUACUUAUGAUGAAGGAUAUUUUUUAAUUUAACUUUUUUUUUAAUAUUGGUAAUAGGUCGGCAACAGCAACUAUAGAAGUACAACUCAAUAGAUGGCAUUAAAACAUAUUGUAGUGUGGAUAUAUAUUUUUUCUUUUUUAAAAUGUGAUAUUGACGUUUUAUUAAUAUUUUUUAAAUUGUUACGUUUAUAAAUUUGGUACUUAAGGCACAGCCAGUAUGAGACACUGAAUGCGACAUUUAUUAUAAAGAGCUGCUGCACUCCUAUUUUUAUAAAUUUUACUAACAAAGUAGACUAAUAUAGACAUUCACAGACAUGGUAGGGCAAAAGCAUCUUCAAACUAAAGACUCCAAAAUGCUAACUCAGAAAGAAAGAAAAAACCCUUUUUCAAUUCUAAUGAAACAGCAACAACUUUUUUUUAAUUAAAAAAAAAAUCAUGUUCUUUGUUUUUCUAAUAAAAUGUUAGGUUGUUUGGUGAGGUUUUUUUGUUGUUUUUUUCCUUUCUUUGUUUCUUUUCUUUUCCCCCAAACAACCAGAUUAAAUGCUGAGCGCUUUUAAAAUAUCAAAACUUGUUCAAGUCAUAAAACAACAAAACAGAAGUUUUAUUUAAAAAAAAAAAAAGAAAGAAAAAAUAGUAAAUUCCCAGAAAUUCAGUGUUUAGACGAGGGAAUUUAAUUCCUAUUUUGUCCAUGUUGGUGAUGUACUGUACUUCCCUUCCUUUUCUCUGCAUCCCCCAUCACCUCAUAGAAGACUCUUUGUUGAUCAUUGUAUGUUAAUAAUGUAUAAAAUGGCUAUCUUGUAAGCGUGCUGUCCUGGUACUAGUGUAGCGACUUUUUUUCUCCUCUUUCUUCUAGUACAUAUUGAUAGGUAUAACAUAAUUAAGGUUUAAAAAAAAUUAGACAUAGUUAUUCAGAUUUAGGACCAGUAAGGAUAGAACUUUCUCUUAUUUAUGAAAAAAAUGCUAAUAAUUUUGGGGCAGUUUUUUCCUUUAAUUAUAUUUUUCAAUUUCAAGUUUAAUUUUAUUUUAGCUGAUCUGAUGUGGUUUCAACUAACCCAAGGUCUCACCAUGUUAAAAUGCCGGCGGACUCUACGGCGUUUUGUAGAUCCCCCCCCCCCCCCCCACUGUGAAGGGGUGCCAUACUACCUUAAAUGCUAAUGCUAGAUAUGCAAAACUGGAUUUUUUUAAUUUAUUUUUUAAAAGAGGGAGGCAUGGUAUAUUAAAAUGAUUUUACUAAGAGAAAAAAUAUUUUUUUAAGAAUGCUCAGAAGAAAUUGAUAAUCUGUGUGAAUAUGUUUUAGAUGUUUAUAUACCUUUUGAAGAGACCCAGUAGCCCAUAGCACAAAUCUUGUGGAAAUCCGAUAUGUUUUAAUGUGGCUACCUAGGUUUAAGGUUCACGUUAGUCCCCCCAUCCAUCUAGAAAUCCAUUUUGAAAGAUUUUUGUAAACUCUUUUAGCACUGAUGUUCAGCCUUGUCUUUGUUUCAGUUAAGCUCAAUGGCGAACAUGGGAACCACCUUUCGCCUUCCCUGGGGGAGAAACCCUCUUGGCUGAUGGCUUUUCCCCGGAAUUAUCAAACAGCCACCGGGUGACUUUCUGGCUUCCAGAUCCAUCUGCCUGAGACCCCCGAACUCCUCUCCUCCCAAGCAGAGGCGAGCGAGUGGCAUUAGCUCCCGGACCCAUUCCCGGUUCUAGCUGGGCAUGGGGCUGACGGAGAUGACCAAGCCUUGGUCUGCUCUCUAGCAGCUUCCACAGACUUGGCUCGUGGCCUUCCUCAUAUCCAUUGGGAAAACCAAACAGCCUCGCGCUCUUUCCCAGUCGCCCAUUAGCUUGAUUCAAACAAAGCCCCAACAGGCCUUUGCGUUUUUAUCCUUCAUAACCUUCAUCUUAAUUUGAACUUGUAGCUUGGACUUUAAGGUAGCAUGGCUCUAUUGCUGUCAAUUUACUGUUUCACUGCACAGCAAUCACAGCCAGUGAAUGUUACACACAUCUUGCUAGACUAGUAUAAAAAUCAUUGGGUAAUUGUUGGUUCUAAUGACCUGAAAGGUGUUCAG